AUGGCAUCAGCACCAGCUGCGGAGACUUCUAUCCCCAUCCGUGACAAGGAUGAGAAGAAGAAGCAAAUAUUGAUCAAUGCCUUUGACAUGUCCACCGUUGGGCAUCUGUCUCCAGGCCAAUGGAAGUCUGCAACAAAACGAGAUUUGCAAUAUUGGAUCGACCUAGCCAAGCUUCUGGAUAAGGGCGGCGUCAAUGCCCUGUUCCUUGCAGACACCUACGGUGGAUAUGACACAUACGAAGGGAGCCUGGACAACUGUAUCCGGCGUGCUGCCCAAUGGCCGAUGACAGAUCCAACUAUCCCCAUCACCGCCAUGGCGGCUGUGACCAAGAACCUCUCCUUUGCCAUCACUGCUUCCACAUCUUUUGAACCCCCAUUCUUGUUGGCUAAGCGAUUCUCGAGUCUGGAUCACUUCACCAAAGGUCGAAUCGGUUGGAACAUCGUGACUUCUUGGAAGAAGGCUGCUUUCAAGGCCAUCGGUUUAGAGAGCCCGAUUCCACAUGACGAAAGAUACGCACAAGCUGAUGAGUAUCUACGCGUCUUGUACAAGCUGUGGGAAGGCUCUUGGGCGGAUGAUGCCAUCUCCCCAAACCCAGAGCUCGACAGCUAUGCUGAUCCCGACAAGAUCCGCACAAUUCACCAUCACGGAAAGUUCUACGACAUUGACACACGGCACAUUGUAGACCCAUCACCCCAGAGGACCCCGUUCCUGUUUCAGGCUGGUACAUCGUCGGCCGGUUCUACUUUUGCCGCAUCACACGCAGAGGGCAUCUUUGUCUCGUCUCAUUCUCCCGCGAUUUUGAGGCCCAAGGUCCAGGCGAUCCGCAAGCAGGCUGCCGAGUUGGGUAGAGACCCUCAAUCACUCAAGUUCUUUGCGACGUUUACUCCAAUCAUCGGACGCACUGAUGAAGAGGCCCAGCAGAAGUUUGAGGAGGUCAAGAAGUAUGCCUCUACUAUCGGUGGCCUUGUGCUAGUUAGUGGAUGGACUGGCAUCGACCUAUCCAAGGUACCUGUUGACAAGGAACUCACUGCUACCGACUCAGAGGAACCCCAUAGAGUGCAGAGUCUUCUUGACGCCUUCACAGCAACAAGUGAAAAGGUUCCAAAGUGGACGCCGAGAGUCAUUGCUGAAAGAGCCGCCAUCGGUGGCCUUGGCCCUGUCUCAGUCGGCAGCCCACAGACGGUUGCAGACGAGAUGGAACGAUGGAUCCGAGAGGGAGAUCUGGAUGGGUUCAACGUGGGAUACGUCACAACGCCUGGAACCUUCGAGGAGGUUGUUGAGCUUCUCAUUCCUGAGCUUCGACGUCGCGGAUUGUAUCCAGAGGCACCUAGCAGUGAUGAGGCAGGUCAUACGCUGCGUGAGAGCGUGUAUGGUCAGGGUCAAGCUGGACUGCGGGACGAUCACCCAGGGACAAAGUACAAGUACGACGUGUACAAGGAAGACUAG